AUGCCUGCAAUCGAUAUGGCCAUCUGGCUCUGCUGGGGCUGCCGCAGCGUCAUGACGCCUACUGCCACUAUCAGACCAGAUCUGACUACGGGCUUUUGGAGUAAGGCCGUGACUCCUGACUCUCCCGACUCACACCAAAGGGCAGCCCUCCUGAAGCCACCGUCUUCUAAACAACAGUUAUCUGCACCCAGCCGCUGGGUUUUAUUGCUAAUGGCUCCGAUGGCCCUUACAGAUUCAAUGCAGCGCUACUUACGCGAGUUUACCUCGAAGACUACAUCUCAGUUUGCAGGCAAGUGA